AUGAAUCAACCUAUUGCACACAGAAAGGGUGUUAGAUCAUGCACUCAACAUCCUCUUCGGAGUUACAUCUCAUACUCAAAUUUGUCGCCUAAAUUCCAAGCGUUUGUGACUUCCUUAGACAAGAUCAGGAUUCCUAAUUCAGUCUAUGAAGCUCUAACGGUUUCCAAAUGGCACAAGGCAAUUCUAGAAGAAUACUCUGCGCUGGAAAAGAAUGGCACAUGGGUAAUAUCGGAGCUGCCACCAGGAAAGAAAACUAUGGGCUGCAAGUGGAUAUUCUCAGUCAAGCAGAAGGCAGAUGGAAGUGUAGACAGGUACAAAGCUCAUCUAGUGGCUAAAGGGUACACUCAAUCGUAUGAGAUCGAUUAUCAGGAGACCUUUGCUCCUGUAGCAAAGCUCAACACAGUUCGUGUCUUGCUAUCCAUCGCCGCUAAUUUGAAUUGGCCACUGUUUCAGCUUGAUGUCAAGAAUGCAUUCUUGAAUGGAGAUUUGAUAGAAUCCAUGGAGAUUUGA